GCGCUGGAAAGGGAACGGUUGCACCGCACUGUUUACCUUUGCCUGAAUAAUCAAAUCUGCACGGUGAAGUUGGGAGAAGCAAGAGACGGCACUUUAGCGGGCGCGGGGCAGAGGGUGGAGGAGCUUGCGCAGCCUGAAUAGCAACCCGAUUCCCAACUGCUUCUACAUGGAGCCGUCAAGAGAAGAUACUAAUGAUUCGAGCUCUUCUUCUGUUCCCACUGUGUUUCAUCGUGAUGAGGGGCGUCUCUUUAGAGAUGCAGAGGACACUAUCAACUCCGAGGGACUGCAGGAGAUUGCAGACACUGAACACCUCUCCAUAAGUGAGAUUCAGGCCCUGCUGACCCUUGUCAAUCUCUCCAAUUCCUGCCCCCGAAUGGGUGGGAAUCAGGGCAACACCUAUGGUAACUCCGCUCAGGUGGCCCAGGAAGAGGCAGCCUCAACCAGCUCGGCUGAUGCAAGCAACUUCUCCAUCGAUGCCAGCUCUCUUGGAGCCGGGGAACCGGCUUACUUGCGUUCCAAUGAAGUGGUCCAGCCACCUCUGCCCCAUGUUUGGCACCGGAGCAGGAGGCAGCUUCGUUACAGCAGCCUGAACACGAGCAUCUCUUCUCCAACUUCUACUUAUAGCUCCCGGGCUGUAAAUGGCAAUAUCCGAGGCUCCCAACCGGAGAUGCCCUCCAGGCCCACCCAGAGGGUCUACUAUGCUCGCGGGGCGCGUCGCCGCCUUUCCUGGAACUAGGGCAGCUCAGAUGGUUGUCCUAGGAAAGCUCUUCAGCUAGUUAGUGUGGCUUAAGGAAAUGUAUUUCAGGCUGGGAGACCCAAGUUCUUGUUCUAGAUUUGGUAGUGAUCUGCUGUGACCUUGGACAACGCACUUAAUCCCUCUGAGUUUUAACUUCUUCAUUUGAAAAAUCAGGGUGUGUCCCCCUUCCCCCCACUCCCUACACACAGACAUCUCGGGUAUGUGUGUUAUUGGGCAGGGGAAUUUAAUGGGAAGGUAUUGUAGAAUGAUAGGUAGUUGCUGAUAAUUAUUCUCCGUGUCUAGGUUUCGCUGAAAAGACCCAGGUGGAACCCAUAAGUCCUUCCACGCUCUGAAUUUAUUGUCCAAAUACAAAUAGUUGCAGCACUUGACCCUUUCUGUAAAGGUCUGAUUCUGAUUAUAGGUUAGGUGGUCUUCCCAGAGCAAAUAUGGUCACACAUUUGUCGUCUCAUGUAGUGUUUGAAGUUGUUGGAAAAAAAUAAAUGAAAAAUUCAAAAA